AUGCCUAUCCCAGUCGAAUAUGUCAAUGGCAAAAAGUACUUUACGGUUCUUGAAAAUAAUCCGGAGGUGAUGAACGCACUUGCUCCAAAGCUAGGACUCUCUCCUCGACUCAAAUUCCAUGACGUAUAUUCACUCACAGAGCGCUCACUUCUUGCCAUGAUUCCACGGCCUUGCCUUGCUCUUCUCGUCAUUAUUCCUCGCACACCAGCAUGGUAUGCUGAGCGGAAGGCUGAAGACGACGCAAAGCCUGAGUACACAGGAUUUGGUGCCGAUGAGCCUGUUGUUUGGUUCAAACAGACCAUCGGGCAUGCGUGUGGCUCGUAUGGUCUUACACAUCUUGCCAUCAAUGGACCUGCCAGGCAUUUUGUUGAACCUGGCUCGAUUCUGGCGAGAAUCAGAGAGGAAGCUCUACCGUUGAAAAUUGAAGAGCGAGCCCAGUAUUUGUACGAUAAUAAGGAGUUCGAAGAGGCUCAUCAAAGUGUAGCAGAGAUGGGUGAUACUGUUGCUCCUGAUGCGGAGGGAGGAAAUGAAGCUGGGCACUUUAUAGCUUUCAUUAAGGGCGAUGAUGGAAAGCUGUGGGAGCUGGAAGGUAGUCGGAAGGGACCUAUUGAGCGUGGUCAGUUGGCGGAUGACGAGGAUGUUUUGAGUGAGAAAGCGCUUGCGUUGGGGAUUGGCAGAAUUAUUGAGUUAGAAAAGGCCAGUGGAGGAGGUGAACUGAGAUUCAGCUGUAUUGCUCUUGCUGAGGGUUGA